GGCCCGCGGUGGCCUGAGGCCUGCCCGCUGGGCCCUGACGCUGCGCAGCUCGGCUCUGCGGCGUCCCGGGCUGAACUUGGCCCCGCGCCCUAGGCUCUCGCCGCGUGCCCGGGAGCUCUCGGAGCGCCGAGGCGCGGCCCCGCGUGAGGCGCGCACCUGCCGAGGACGAGGCGCGGGCAGGGGGUCGCAGGUUCCCCCGCGCCCCUGCUGCCUGUCCCUGCUAGCCAACCCCGGCCACUUCCCGGACGAGAGAGAUGAAGCACACAGGCAUUUGGAAGAUGCUUGUUGCAGCAAUGUGCUUGGCCCUUUUGGGCUGCCUGCAGGCGCAGGAAUUCAAGGGACAUGUUUCCAUAAUCCUGCUGGGAGCAACCGGGGACCUAGCUAAAAAGUACCUGUGGCAGGGCCUGUUUCAGCUAUACCUGGAUGAGGCUGGGAAGGGCCACAGUUUCAGCUUCCACGGGGCCGCCUUGACAGCCCCCCAGCAAGGCCAGAAGCUCAUGGACAAGGCUUUGGAGUCCCUCUCCUGCCCCAAGGACUUGGUACCCAGUCAAUGUGAUGAACUCAAGAGUCAGUUUCUACAGCUGAGCCAGUACCGCCAACUGAAGACAGUGGAGGACUAUCAGACUCUGAACAAGGACAUUGAGACCCAAGCCCAGCAGGAUGGGCUCUGGGAGGCAGGCAGGAUCUUCUACUUCUCGGUGCCGCCCUUCGCCUACGCAGACAUUGCCCGUAACAUCAACAGCAGCUGCCGCCCACACCCAGGAGCCUGGCUACGGGUUGUUCUGGAAAAACCCUUUGGACAUGACCACCUCUCAGCCCAGCAGCUGGCUUCAGAACUCGGAAGUUUUUUCCAGGAAGAGGAGAUGUACCGUGUGGAUCAUUACCUGGGCAAGCAGGCAGUGGCUCAGAUCCUACCCUUCCGAGAUCAGAACCGCAAGGCCUUGGAUGGCCUCUGGAACAGGCACCAUGUGGAGCGGGUGGAAAUCAUCUUAAAGGAGACCAUCGAUGCAGAAGGUCGGGCCAGUUUCUAUGAGGAGUAUGGCGUCAUCCGUGACACGCUGCAGAACCACCUGACUGAGAUCCUAACGCUGGUGGCUAUGGAGCUGCCCCACAAUAUCAGCAGCUCAGCCGCCGUGCUCCAGCACAAGCUCCAGGCCUUCCAGGCCCUGCGGGGGCUGCAGAAGAGCAGCGCCAUCCUGGGACAGUACCAGGCCUAUAGCGGACAGGUGCGCCAAGAGCUGCAGAAGCCAGACGGCUUCCAGAGCCUGACACCAACCUUUGCAGGUGUCCUUGUCCACAUUGACAACCUGCGCUGGGAGGGUGUCCCUUUCAUCCUGAUGUCUGGCAAGGCCUUGGAUGAGAGAGUGGGCUAUGUUCGGAUCGUGUUUAAGAAUCGGGCAUACUGCACCCAGAGCGAGAGGCACUGGGUGCCAAAGCAGAGCCGGUGCCUGCCACAGCACAUUGUCUUCUACAUUGGACACGGUGAGCUGGGCCACCCUGCCAUCCUGGUCAGCCAGAACCUGUUCAAGCCCUCUCUACCGACUCAGAGCUGGAAGGAGGUGCAGGACCAGCCUGGGCUCCGCCUCUUUGGUCGUCCUCUGUCUGAUUACUAUGCCUAUAGACCUGUGCGGGAGCAAGAUGCCUACUCCACCCUCCUGUCUCACAUCUUCCACUGCCGAAAGGAGUCCUUCAUCACCACAGAGAACCUCUUGGCCUCCUGGGUCUUCUGGACCCCGUUACUGGACAGCCUGGCCUUUGAAGUUCCACGCCUGUACCCAGGGGGAGCCGAGAAUGGCCAGCUGCUAGACUUUGAGUUUAGCGGUGGUCAGCUGACCUUCUCCCAGCAGCGGCUAGAGGUGCUGAUACCAGAGCUAGGGUCAGUCCCAAAGCCCAGUGACUUCCAGGUCCUCAGGGCCCAGUAUAGAGAGAGCCCAUUGAUUACUGCCUGGCCAGAGGAGCUCAUCUCUAAGCUGGCCAGUGACAUUGAAGCCACCGCGGAGCAGGCGGUACGGCGCUUUGGCAAGUUCCACCUAGCUCUGUCAGGUGGUUCGAGCCCCAUAGCUCUCUUCCAGCAGCUGGCCACGGGGCAUUAUGGCUUCCCCUGGACCCACACACACCUCUGGUUGGUUGAUGAGCGCUGUGUCCCUCUCUCAGACCCAGACUCCAACUUCCAGGGCCUGCAGGCUCACCUGCUGCAGCACGUCAGGGUACCCUACUACAACAUCCACCCCAUGCCGGUGCACCUGCACCAGCGGCUUUGUGCUGAGGAGGACCAGGGAGCUCAGACCUAUGCCAGCGAGAUCUCGGCCCUGGUGGCCAACAGCAGCUUCGACCUGGUGCUCCUGGGCAUGGGCACCGAUGGGCACACGGCCUCUCUGUUUCCACAGUCUCCCACGGGGCUGGAUGGUGACCAGCUGGUGGUGCUGACGGAGAGCCCGUUCAGGCCACACCAACGCAUGAGUCUCAGCCUGCCCCUCAUCAACCGAGCCAAGAAGGUAGCUGUCCUGGUCAUGGGCAGGACAAAACGUGAGAUCGCCAUGCUGGUGAGCCGCGUGGGUCACGAGCCCAAGAAGUGGCCCAUCUCAGGUGUGGUGCCUCUUUCUGGACAGCUGGUUUGGUAUAUGGAUUACGAUGCCUUUCUGGGAUGACAGGAACAUCCUGGGUUUAGUCAUUCUCAGCCUUUCUCAGCCUUUCUCUCAGCUGCCCAGUGUGCCUCAGCUGUGUGGAGCCUGGUACCAGAGUCAGGCCCCAGAGAAGGGAGGACAAAACUCUGAGCCAACUUCCUGGACCCACUGGUUCUGUGGAAUUACAGUGCCUGCACAUGGAAACAAGGUAGAGCCCUGGCCUCAAAACCCAGACAGGAGAGAGACUAAGGCCCCGGGCAGUUACACGCCAGUAUCUUCAACACACCGUAAGACCAGGUGAAGCCUCCAUGCUUAAGAACCAAAGUGGCCUGCCAAGACUGGCUCAUGAUAUUUGAACUGGUCUCUGUGGGAAGAGGGGCCAGCAUUGGUGGGGAGAAGGGUGCAGAGACUCCUGGUGAAUGUCUUGCUCUGAGCCAGGCCAGAAGAGGAGACAUGAUCCUGGGACUGCACCGGGAAACCUGCCUCUUCUGGUAUCCCUUCAUCCCUCUGUGCAGCUUGCUGAGAUCCUCCCCUCCUUCCAGCAGCUUCUGUCUCUGGGCCAGACAUCCACUGUCCUCAGUACUCCCCAUUACCCCUCAGCCUCUCCCUCUCUACAGACACAGACACUGCCACGUCAAAGGUUCCCUUCAAAUCUAGAGACCAGGGCUCCCUUUCCCACUGAGAACUGUCCUGCCAUCACUGGGCUAUUGGGCAUCUCUGAUCUAACUAGACAGGAUGGCUCUGUCUGCUCCUGGGCCGGGGGUGAGUCCAGCUCACAGCCUCUUUCUAGGACUUAUGUGGCCAAUUCCAAGUCUCAGGAUAGCCUGCAGCUAGCUCUCCUCACACUACCUCUCAGGGGCUCCAAGCCUGGCAGUGGUCCCUCCCCUGUCCGGCAUCUCCACAUUUCUUGUUGACUAACCUGGUACCACUGGGAACACUAUAGGCAGCUCCUAACUUCAGCCUCCUCCGGGGCUUUGGAACUUUUAUUUUUUUUAAAAAAAGAAAGCCAACAACAUAAAUGUUUCAGGGCACAGACAGUUUUUGUUUCAGUCUCCUGCUUAGUCGUGUGAACAAGAGAAGGCCCAGAAGGCUUAGGAUGGUCCCUCCUCAGUUACCUGUGUGCCAGUCACAGAGUCUCCAUGUCCUUCAGAAUUUUCCCAGAGAAGGGUUUUCCUGUGAUGAGAAGCAUCAGGAAAUCUGUUCCUCUACUUUUAAUUGAUUGUACUUUCUCCUGGGCAACACAUGGGAGAGAAUUCUUGCUUUCACUAGAGAUGUGUACACAGAGUGUAGUCUGAGCUGGGGCUCUGUAUGAAAGGCACUCUUGUUAAAAUUCUGCUUACUCUGGCCUCCAGUGACCCAGACUGACAGAACACCUCUAUUCUAAGAGAGCUAUCCUUGGCAGAGAAGAGGACUGCCCUGGGGUCCUUUCCUGGCCUGCUUUGCUCAGGCUUGGAUGCAGGUAGUUGCAGGUGAAGUUCCACCUUUGGCCAUGUGGGGGAGCCCACGUGCCACCACUCACAUUCCACCCAGGAGGCAGGUUUAGUGCCAACUGUCUGCGUUUUUUGCUCUCUGCCUCUCUGGCUUCUUAGCCCAGUGCAUUUUCAUCUGUUCUUUACGAACUCGGCCUUCUGCAGUUGCAACAUCAGAGAGGAAGGGGCCCUGCAUGCCUCAGGAGAGAGGGUGCACAGGCUGUGUGUCACCAUUCUGAAUAACAGUGAGUCACUCCCCAGCCUGAGCCUAGAAUGUCCUGUUCUUACCCAGAAUGACUCGCCUCUGUCUGUGGGGAGUCUGCACAGGGAAGGCCAGUGUGGGGAAAUACCAAAGAUGUCCUUUCCAGAAGCAAGCACUAAUAAAAUCUCAUUGGAAAGGUUGGCGAGGGACAUUGUCCAUGUUCUUUGGUGUGCACCUGUGCGUGCCCUUUCCCCUUCUGCCCCCAGAUUAGGAAGGAGUGAUGCUCAGAGCCAGGACCACGGAGGAUGCUGCUCUUCAGACCUUCUGGACCACCAUCCACAGCAAGCAGUGUGCUUUCUGUCACCAAUCAGUCACAUCUGUGUAUAAAUCUGAAUCUUGAGUCUCAGGAAGGAGUUCUCAGCCUUAAGUCCUGGGAUACCCUCUUUUUUAAAAUUUUUCAUUAAAGAAAUUAUUGCUUAC